CAAACCCUUCAUUAAAAAAACUCGAGAAUAUCGCGUUAGGCUCUUCUACAGAAAAUUAUAAUCACACCUCCCCGGACUAACACACCUUUCACUUUCAUGGCGAUUGUGUUUUGUCCACCGUUACCAACCAGAGCCCUCUCUUGAUCAAACCCAAACCCUAAUUCCACAAAUAAAAACUCCGCUCUGCAUUGUUUACUGCGAUUCCGGCGCUUAAUUUCUUCUGUUCCCUCCAUUUUGAGCCGUUGUGCAAUGGAGGAGUUCGAGCCAAACCAUCUAAAAACCCCGAUGGUCUCUACAAGCACAAGACACAAAUGUGCAGCAUGUUUUCAGCAGUUUAAGAAAAAAGAGAACCUUGUUGAACACAUGAAGAAAUCCUAUCACUCAGUGCAUCAACCUAAAUGCGGUGUUUGUCAUAAACACUGCAAAUCAUUCGAAUCUUUAAGGGAGCAUAUAUCAGGUCCAUUAGCCAAAGCUCACUGCUCAAGUAUAUUUGCACAAAAUGGUUGCCACCUUUGUCUGAAAGUCUUUGAAAACCCUGUUUCUGUUGAUGAGCACAAAGAGUUAUGCCUCCAAACUGCCCCUCCCCCCCUCGGAACAAUGAAUAUUUCAUACACAGAAUAUGAAGCAUUAGAAGAUGAAAACUACUACAUGAGUAAAUAUCCUGAAGCAGUUGCUAUCAACUGCCAAAUGGUUGGGUGUGGUAUCGAUGGAUCAGUUGAUCUAUUAGCUCGAGUUUGCCUUGUUGAUGAAGAAGAGAAUAUGAUAUUCCACACGUAUGUGGAACCCCAACUAUCUGUAACUGAUUAUAGAUAUGAAGUAACGGGCAUAACAGAAGAGCAGUUAAAAAGAGAUGGUAUGGCAGUUAAGGAAGUGAGAGAAAAGAUUUCUCAAAUUCUGUACAAUGGAGAAUCAAUAGGAAAAGCGCGCUUGGAUGGUGGAAAAGCUAAACUUCUUGUGGGCCAUAACCUGGACCAUGCCUUGGAUUGCUUGUUAAUGAACUAUCCCGAGAAAUUGUUAAGGGAUACAGCAACAUAUCGUCCAUUACUUAAAACUAAUUUCAUGAGCCACUCUCUCAAGUACCUCACCAAGACAUAUCUAGGGUACGAUAUCAGGUUAGGGAGUCACGACACUUUUCAGGAUUGUGUGUCUGUAAUGAGGCUGUACAAGCGUAUGCGCUCUCAAGAACAUCAAGACGAAGAGACUGCAAAACAAAGCCACCUUAAUUUUGAUGCUCGAAAAUCAAAGGAUCAUGAUCUUCACAACAUGUCACCGGAUGAACUCUUUCGGAUUUCAACGUCAAAUUAUCAAUGUUGGUGUUUGGACUCUCAACCACGUACCGCUGAGUUUUAUGGUGUUUGAAGAAACACUAACAUAUAUAUAUAUAUAUCAUAAAAGGAAAAUGGUUUUGUUUGAUCAGGUGUUGUUAAAUAU